UCCAUCUCUGUACCCUCUCUCUCCCUUCCCCUUUAGCUUUCAAUCUCACUCUUGUCUUCCUUCCAUCCUUGUAUCUUUCCCAUCUUGUCUCCCCCGCAUCAGAAUUCUCCUCCCCUGUAUCUCUCUACCCCCUCUCUGUAUUUCUCUCCCUGUCUCUUUCCCUCCCCCAGUAUCUCUCUCCUGCUGACGUCUGCCUGCUGACUCUCCCCUCCGCUCUCUCCCUCUGCCCUUCUCUCCGCCUCUCUCUCUCUCUCUCUCUCUCUCUUUCUCGGUGCUGCCGCCUCGCUUCAUUCGCCUCCUCGGCUGCCGGAGCCGGUGCCGGGCUCGCCGCCCGCUCUCCAUCACUCGCCGCCACCGCCUCCUACUCCAGCUCGCCGCCUCCGCUCGCUCCGCGGCCCCAGAUUUUGGACUGAGAAGGAAGAUAAACCUUUGCUCAGACUAUUGCCAAACUUUGAUCUGCAACUGGCUCCUGGCAGACUGGAGAGCAUUUUCCCUGAAAACAAAAGAGAGAGAAAAUUGGCUUGCUGAAUAAACAGUAACAAUGUCAACGAACAACAUAGCUCAGGCAAGGAAAAUGGUGGAACAGUUGAGGAUUGAAGCUGGUAUUGAAAGAAUCAAGGUUUCAAAGGCAGCUGUAGAUUUGAUGAACUACUGUGAGCAGCAUGCACGGAAUGACCCAUUGCUCGUCGGAGUUCCAGCCUCUGAAAAUCCCUUCAAGGAUAAAAAACCAUGCACCAUCCUAUAGCUGCUGCCAGCCAUCCUUUCGCAAACUGACCACAGCAUCAGAAGACCUGCCAAGAAUUUCUAUUGGUAAUCAGACCUUGAGAAGCAGUGCAGCUUCUGAAAUACAGGCCUGCUGUGGAAAUGUGUUUUUAAAAAAGGAAAAAAUAUUGGAUUCUGUUUGUUUGUUAGCUAAGCAUGUUUCUCGAAAUGAAGGAAAGAAGAUAUGAUGGGGAAGAGCAAUGAAAAAGAAUUGCUAUUUUGGACUUUUAUGGUAGAUUUUCUGAUUGUAAUAUUUAGGUUUAAAAAAACUAACUCAGCAAGGAUAAUACCUUUGCCUAAAAAUUCUAUAAAAAUGAAAAGUGUAUGUGUAAGGAGUAUACAUUUGGAGGGUGAUAAUACAGUUUGGGCAAUAACAUAUUAGAUGAAGAGAAGCAAUUGAAUGCUUCCAUUGCAUUUUUAAAUGUCACAUUGUUCAUCUUUAUUGUCAUUUGCAACUGUGCUGGUAUAAAAGAGUAGUUUUCCUUCCCCUGCCUUUUAAAUUCCAUAUUUACACUACCAAAGUACUGGCCAAGGGAAAACAAUGUAAAUAACAAAUGUUUUAUCCAUUCAUUCUUCAUCUGUUUUCCUUAGAAAGACCUGGUGGUUCUGAAGUAACCAAAAAAACUCUUGUACUAUCAGAUGAUUCACAUUUAUCUGUGGUGAACGGUAUUACAUAUAAUUGCAAAUCUUGUGUUCUGCAGAUGCAAAUAUUUCAUUCCCUUGAAAAAUGACUCCAUAAGUCCCAUUAAAUAUCACUCAAGCAUUCAUGCCAUGAAUGUGGAUAUUGGCAACUUGUGCUUUCUGGCCAUUGGAACAUUUAUUUUUUUCCUCACUUUAAAGGAACAAGUUAUUCAACAAGGCCAAGCUUAACACUUAAGAGUGUAUGCACACCCUGUGUUAAGCUUCAAUACUAAACUGUAUUAUAGCUCAUCAUAAAAGUUUUAACUAAUUAUAUAUUGUUAAUUUAUAACUCAUGAAAUCAUGCUUAUUGAAUUUUUAUUUGAAGCUAAAGUUCUAAUCCAUUAUUUGCAGUAUAUUACUCCUACCAACGGUAUUCACUUGCUAUGUAAAGAAUCUGUUCAGUGGCAUAUCAACAGCUAGGGAUUGGGAAGACUUCUGGAAAUGUCAGUUAAAAACUAAAACAAAGAUUAGGUAGCAAAUGUUUGACCAUGUGACAAAUGAGCUACAGCCUUUCAUGUGUCCUUGUUCAUUAGAGCAAACCUCCUAAGGAAUGUAAAUUGUAGUCGUGUGCCAAAAACCAUGAAAAUGCCAAGUGAUUUAUGUCAUAGAGAAGUGCUAGAAUUCUUUAGAAACCACAAGUUUUUAAAUAUAAAAAAAUUGUCUUGGAAGAUAAGUUCUAAAAACACUUGUCAAGAUUUUUUCUGUUUUAACAUAUUUAAGCAGAUUGCAUGCACAUUGUUCUUUCAGCUGCCUUGUGUUGUUGCCUUUUUACUCUCAGAUGUUAAGUGUUAGUUAAGCUUGCCAUAAUUAUGAUUAACAUUUUUUUAAGAACCAUAUUGACUUAACUAAAUCAUCUCAUAAAUGUCACAAGUUACUCUGUGACAAAAUGCUUCUUAUAUACAUCUUAGUACCUAGUAAUUAAUUUUUUGCAUUAAAUUCAAACCAUUUGAAAUCACAGUUAUGUAAAAGAAAAUUCUUGAAGGCUGUUCUUUUGUUAACUAGAAGCAGAAUUGUAUGGUUUAUGAUGAGUGGUAGAUUUCUGUGACACAUGAUAAUCUUGCAGUGACAUCCCAAUGCUGCCACCUUUGCUUCUCUCCUCUUUUAACUCUUUGUGGUAUUUUUUACAGUGCCUUUUUUAUUUUGGGAAAAUACAACAGAAAAGCCUUUGUUAUCCUAUGUUAGCUUUAAGCUUACAGUAUUUUCUUUAUAUUGCCAAAUCAAGGAUCCAUACCUUAAAAAAACACCAAACUAGCUUGAAAUUUGAAUGUUAGUUAAUUAAUUUCACAAGGUUAUUGAGUGAGGUUUUUCCCAAAUUCCUCUACAUUGACAUUUGAAUUUAAACAAAAUUGUCAUCUAUAUAUGUUCCCAGUUUAGUGAUUGCAGAUUUGCAUCAUUGCACUUCCAUUCAAAAUAAUCUUGUACAUACAGACUUUUGGCUUACCUUUCCAUGAACAUAAGUUGACUGGAAGGUUGAAAAUAAUUGGAAUUGUACAUUGAUGCUGUGACAUACAGUGCCAUAGGACGAUAGGUCUCAACCUUGAACCUCAUGAGUUCUGAUGCAACCUCAAAUUUAAAGUGGUUUGCCAAAAAGGUUCUAUAUAGAUGACCGAUUCUUUCCUAAGAAAUCUAGAGGUAAAGAUUUACAAGUCAUUGCCAAACUUCUCUCACAGGCUGUAAUAAAAUAGGCCUAGGAGCAGGUCACCUCACCUCCCUUUUGUACAGUAAACCAUACAGUGCAUAGGCCAAUAAAAUAGUUCAGAAAAUAUUCUUUUCACUGUCUUACCACUAUCUUUCCAAAAUGGAGUUUGUAAAGUAAAAUAUAACACUAGCAAGAUAGGUUAUCACCCUCACUCAAGGACAUUCCUUUGCUUCAUUAAAGCUCAUCCAGAAAUGUUCACCUGAUGUUCCUUGACUUUCUGGAACAAUUCCGUGGCAAAAUUUGGUGGGAUUAUAUUUUCCCUUCAGCUUUCAUCAUUUUCUCCUAAUUUUUCUUACUCUUUGUGAGUACAUUAUGGCGUUUCCACCUUGCCCUAGUUUAGCUAGCUGGGUGAUGGCAUUACAAUCACACCAGAAGUGCCAUUACAAACUACGAAUGACAAGAUCUUUGUGAUGGGAAAAUUAGGUAGUUAUAAUGUUGGAGGAAAAUGUAUCAUUAAAUGUAUUGACUUUUACACUAAGAUUUAUAGAAUUCAAUUAAAUUGUUGCCCAAGCAUAAAUUCCCACUUUCUCUCAAUGCUGUUUAAUUCUCGUGCAAGUUUUUAAAUCCAAGAUGAGAAUAAUUUAGAAACCAAAUGGGCAACUUGGUCUACUGUGAACAUUGCAGUGUUAGAUGAAUUAGACUUUUGCACUCAACUCAUCCUUCAGAAAAUCUAACUGACACUUAUUUGAUAAUUCUAGACAAUGUUCUGUCAAUCUUGUUAAACUGAGUUUACCAUAACUUUAUGCAUCACUUUCGUGCUCCUCCAAAAGAAUGGGGAUGGGAAUAAGUUUACAUUACUUGUGAAUGUAUUUGGGAAACAUCUUACAGUUUAUGAGUUCCUGAUCCCAGACAUAUGGCAUGUUGUUACAAUAUUCUAGGAAAUUAUCCAUAGAGUUUGUUUCUGACAGGUCAUCUGACCUUAAUAACGGUUUGUGCUACCAUGUUAUCAGCAGUAUUGAUACCAAUGUAUUAGAUAAUAUUACUGAAUCACACUUUCCCAGUACCACUUAUUGUGGAAUACCAAUCCCCACCUGUCGGGCAGAAGCUUCUCUUCACUGUUAAAACACCAUUAGAAAUGUCCUUCAAUGGGCAUCAUGGUCAUCAGUUAAUGUAAAAUGUGUGGAGAACAAAUUUUGCAUUAACUUUAUAAAGAGAGGAAACAGUUACUGGAUCUUUCAACAGCUUAAAAGAUCCAAGAUUGCAGACAAACAGUUGAUUAGUCAACGAAAGAGAAAAAAGAUCUUGAAUUCAUAGAGUAUCUUUCAGGACGUCAGGAUGUGCCAAAGCGUUUUACAGUCAACAAAAUACUUUCAGAGGUUUGAAGUGUAGUUGCUGUUGUAAAGUAAGGAUAUGCAACUGCCAAUUUGUGAUUACCUGUGAGAUAAUGGCAAAUAAUUGCUUUUUUGUGCUACUGGUUGAGGGAUAAAUAUUGAGCAACAAAGAGGAGAACUCAACUGCCCUUCUUGAAAUAAUGGCAUGGGGUCUUUUAUAUCUACCUUAAGAGGGCAGAUGUUGUUUUCAUAUAACAUCUCAUCUGAAAAGCAGCACUUAUAACAGCGCAGCACUCCCUCAGUAUUGCACUGAAAUAUUAGCCGAGAUGACAGUCUCUGGACUGAAGCUUGAAUUUGGUACCUUCUGACUCAGAAAUGAGAGUGCUACUUCUCAGCCAAGACUGACAGAGCAAACUAAUAAGAGGUCUUUCGUCUUCAGAUGAGUAUUAUCCAGGACCCUGUUCUUGUUGGAUCUCAGGAUUCUAGCCACUAGCAGUUUGUGGAAGUCUCCUGAAGUUAGAUAUUUUUCUCCAAAAAAUAGAAACCUUGUUUCAUACUGAAUUAUUUAUCCUCAAUGACUGUCGAUCAGUAACCUGGAUCUCUCACACUCGGGUGUUAGCCCAAUAAUAUCUUCAUGUCAUUGCACUCAAGUUUUCUUUUGUUAGUGCAAAGCAGAAAAGAUCCAGUAUUUGGUGCUCUGAAUUAUCUGUUGAUUUGACAAUCUGCUCACUACCUUCUCUCCUGUUGUGCCUUUAGGGACUUUCUAAAUUUACAUUGAAAUCAGUUCUGUCAGCAGUCAGUCAACAGUGUCUGUUUUUCAUCAAAAUGUCAGCAUUUAAGAAUAUCUUAAACCCACCCAUUCAACAUUUUAUAAAAGCCUCUUCCCCAUAUUAAAUAAAUCUAAACUUGAUGAAAUCUAACCUGCAUGAAAUAUAAACUUUACAUUGUUCAAUAUCAGAUCAAUGAUCAAAUUUGAUACUGAGAAUUCUGUGGAAUGGAGCAUUGCAUCUUGCCUUCACAAUGGUGAAAUUCUUAAACAACCACGAACUCUGGUUAUUUCAACCCUACACCAAUUUUAUGGGUUUAUUAUUCUUUAUCUGAACUCUGAACUUUACUCCUCUGACUCCAUAGAAGUUGCUUCCUUGAUCCAUUCACAACAGAGAGGGAUAGAAAGCAAAAAAAGUUCAUAAACUAAAUGUUCCCGUCACUCAGUUUUGGCCUAUUAGAUCUCCUUGGCAGAAUUCCUGGUUGCUAUGUUUUAUCCACUAACAGUUGCUCCCUCUUCCUGAGGCACUGAUGCAAUCCAAAGGAAAUCCACCAGACUAAUUCCUUAGAUGAAAGGGUUGUCCUAUCAAGAGAGGCUAUAUAGAUUGGAUCUGUGUGCCUUGGAGUUAAGAAGAAUGAGGCUGACAUUAUUUAAACAUUCAAGUUCCUAAGGGGGCUUGACAGGUAAAUGUGGAGAUGUUUUCGCUGUCACAAACAAGGGGACAUAGCUACAAAAUGAGGGGCAAGUCAUUUAAAACUGAGGUGCAUAGAUUUUUUUUUGCUCAGAGAGUAGUGUAUCUCUUGGAUUCUCUGCUCCCAAGAGUGGUGGAGGCCAGAUCAUUAGAUACAUUUAGGUAGCAAUAGAUAAAUAUUUGAAAGAUUGAAGAGUUGAGGAUUAUGGGGAACUGGCACAGAAGGGGAGUUGAGGCCUGCAUAGAUCAGCCAUCAUCACAUUGAAUGGUGGGCAGGCUUGAAGGGCCUGGUGACCUUCUCCUGUGCCUAUUUUCUUGUGAUCUCUUAUUUCCAGUGGCAUCUAGUUUCAUUAGAUAAAGUACUUGUGAACUUAUUUGUAUAGUUAUGUAAGUACUCUCCAUUAGCACAAAAAUAACCUUGUUGAUCGAACCACAUUAAGACAUUCAGUUUUAGAAGUAAUUGCAACUUUAUUUUCUCAUUUCAAAUGCUUUCGUUGUUACAUACUACCAGGUCACCUGAGAUGGUAAAUCCUUACCAAAAUGACUAUGAUGAAAUUGGUGAAAACCAGAACUACUGACAUGAAAAUACUAACAGAACUGGUUUCCAAUGCCAGUUAAGGCAGCAAAUCGUCUUUAUUGCUGGCCCACCAUUUUGGGAAUCUUCCCACGUGAAAGGCCUGGCUCUAGCCUCUGCAUUAGGUACUUCAGCAUAACCCACUUAACUCUCUUUCUUCCUCAGUGGCUUUAUUUAGUUCCUUAGUGCUUAGUAUUAUAAAUAAUGAACAUAGAUUGUACAGGCUUGGUGAAGUAGGCGUUCAGUGUUUAAUUUUCUUCUCAUCUUUAUGGUUUAAACUUAACGUGUAUGUCUGCAUGAGCACAACUCUGAAAAAGAAACAGGUCAACUAAAUCACGUAUUGACAAAGGGGUAAAUUCAUUUAACUGUUGAAUGUUAGACUGGAUGCUCAUGGUUCUCUCUGGUUCAUUUUCUGGCCAGUAGUUUGUAAUAAGGGGAAAAAAGUACAAGCUCUUUCAAAGCAUCCUUUAUUUGAGGAACCUGACAAUGAAGGUGAGGCACUACGUUCAGAAACUUUCAAUAAAAACAAGACAAUUUUGAUCAUUUAAUUUUACAAUGCAGAAGGCAUGAUGGAGCUUUGCAUGUUCAGUUAGAAUCACCAUCCCACUCCUAACCAGCACUGAAAGUCAACAAGGGUACUGGCUGGCUAGAUUUUGCCCAGCUUCCUGGAGGAAUCACCCUAAGACCAAGGUUAACCCUCUCUAAAUAAUCUUUCAUUUUAUUGCUUUAAAGUGAUGUCAUAAUAAUGGUACCUAGAGAUUAGUAGGAUGAAAUCCAACCAUCCGAAUGGAGGGACAACAGUAUGGAGACAGAACAAUAGACAAAAGGGUUAUGAUUAUAACAAGCUUACUUUGCAUUUUAAUACUCUUCCAAAAGCUUAGGUCCAGUACCUAUGGUCAAGGAUCAGGCCAUUAUCAUCGGUCACUGGUGUAGCUGUAGGCUCUAGUAACUGCAGCAGAUGCAACGCAUCUGGAUUUGCCAUCUAGCUCAGACUAGGUGUUUGCUAAAGAGGGUUUCCUGAGCUCGUAUGUUUGACUUCAGGCAAAAUAUCUUGGUAUUCAUUGCAGAAAACAAAAAAAAUGUAUGAUAGAUAAAUCUUGUUUUGAAAGUUUUAUUGAAGUGUUGCCUCCUAUGAAAAAUCUCAGAAAUUCCCCUCUGUUUACCUGCAGAGGGUAAUCAUUUGUACAAAUUAAUCUCAGAAAUUCCCCUCUGUUUACCUACAGAGGGUAAUCAUUUGUACAAAUUGAUGGGUGUAUCUAAAGUGAUCUUAAAGAUGCAUCAAUCUCUUUGAAAAAGCCAUGUUUUCAGCAUUGUAAGCAUUGUGCAUAACACAAUUAUCAGUAAGUUGUAUAAUAAGUUUAACUACUUACUACAGUGUAUCUUUCAGUUAAAUACUAUAUGCUUAAUAGCCUGAUGAACACAUUGUGUGAUAUUAUAAACAGUGACUUAGACUGUCUCUGCUGCUACUUGUGUAUAUUGCACACGGGAUAAUAUGUGUGCUGUUUUAGAAAGAUGAGAAGCUUUAGGGCCACUUUGUAGAUGUAAUGAAAUUUUGUUUUGCAUUUUGCUCACCCUCACAGCAGAUGCCACCAUGAUUUUGAGUCCCCUGCUUCAUUUCAAAUUGCCAGUUGAGCUUCAAGGUACCAAAAACCAUUGUGAUUCAGAAUGCCAGACUGAUGACUUGUGAUUGGGUCUGAGUAGACCCAGCACAUCUAAUUGUGAGGUGCUACUCUGGUGGAGGAUGGAGACCUUGGCACAGUGCCAGCCGUGCACCUCCAGGACCCUCAAAAUUAACAUGACAGCUGCCUUUGCCAAGUCUGUUUGAAGCUUGUAAAGUGCAAACUCCAACUUGUUCUAUUCAAAAACAGCAGUCGGUGUCUUGUUGUGAUCAUAGGAUUUCCACGUUGAAAGAAUCCGUUGCCUCCAACAGGCAGGCACUUUGGUCACCCAGUGGCUUCUUUUAAAAUGGAGCCAAUAACAACAUAACAGUAAUGCACCCAUGUUGGAGGCCCUACCUGCCAUCUCACACUUAAGAAAUUUCAUGUGUUUAAAAUCGUAUGCAGUAAUUCAAUCCACUGCUUCCCAGCCAGUGAAUAGGAGAAUAAGGGCCCUGAAUAUUCCAAGAAAAAAAAACUUUAUCCAAAUGCAUAUGUAGGGUCACGUGAGUCAUAAUUGUCCCAUACACAAGGCUGAUCUACACCACCAGUUAAGAAUUCUUAUCAAAUUAUGUGAACACAAAGCCAAGCACUGAGUGAAACAGCCUUUAAUCCAAGCCAUAUUUUAGCUUGGUUCUGAUGAACUUAAUACGAAUGAAAGUAUAUACAUAUAAUGUUCCUGAACUGACCAUAAUUGUAUUGCAUUAAUAAAACUGAGAAGAAUUUGUAGUGGAAGGAAAAAAGUUUCCAAAAUGGCAGCAGUUAUGUGUGUGCUUUCUGCAUACAAGCUCUCCUAAUGGCCUCUAGGUAGCUAAUGAUACAUCUGUGUUCUAACUAAAUUAUACUUACCAUUUACAUUACACAAAAUAAGAAACUGUGGUUUUUAGUGUUAAUUUUUUAUAGCGUAUCAAGCUAAAAGUCUUUUUACUUUGAGUAUUCACCUGUGUUGUGUAUUCUGAAUGCAUAUAUAAGAAUAUGUACAAAUAAAACACAAUUAGGAUAAGAUAAUUAUUUGUAAUCUGUAGUUGUGUACCUUGUAUUAAGCCCCUUACUGAAUGUACUUCGUAGCUUCUCUGUAUGUUAUUUGAUUGCUAUCAAAGCUAACAUUUAAGGGGUUAGAUUAUUGCAAAAUGUUUUCACCUUUUAUUCUAGCAGUGCUGUAUGAAUUGUGAAUCGUGCUUGCUAUCUUGAUAUCUCUGUUGCCCCCUUUUAAUUAUACUGUUAACACCCUUAUUGCACAAUGUUUCAAGUGUUGUACAAUUUUGAAGGAUGACUUGAUUGAACUCCAAAGCGUUCACACGUUAUUUUAAUAAAUUAGGUUUUUAAGAUACAUA